AUGUCAAGCAAAGGAAAAGAGAUACGAAGAUCCACCGGUUUCCAUGGCGAUGGAGCAAUUAGCACUGAGGUAAGCAGCGAGGCCAUUGCUGGCGUGAUGUUGACCAUAGGAGAAGGUAGAGCUUAUGCUCUACUGGGCUUCAGCGAGGCAGAGGACACUAAGGGCCAUGGCAGAGUUGGCGAGGCUUGGGUCCUCGCGAGCCAAGGUGAUGAAGUGGGGGACCAAGAGGGCGAGCAUGAGGUGCCCUGGGUGCUGUCUGACGCGGCAAUCCAAGCUGAAGGAGGGCGACAACGCCAUGGGCGGUCAUCAGGUGCCGCUGGCCAUGGGUCAGGGAGUCGGAGGAACACGCUGAGGCCAGCUGGGCAAGUACCAGUGAGUGUUGAGGUGGUCCUGUCAGUCACUAGGUGUGAUCAAGCAAAUGCGUAG